AUGACAUUCAUUGGAAACGCGUUACUAGGAAGAAUUCUUUUUCCAGCACCGAAUCCACCUCAAUAUACACUGACAUCGCAUGAGGAACAUCUUUUCUGGCUUCCAUCUGAUUCAAGUUCAACUCCAAUACCAUGUUUACUCUAUUCACCACCACGAGAAGCUAAACUGUUCAUUAUAUGGUGUCAUGGAAAUGCUUGUGACAUUGGUAGCAUGUAUAUGACAUUGGCAGCAUUGAGUCGACGACUUCAGGCCCAUGCACUCAUCUUCGAAUAUCCCUCUUAUGGCUUAUUGAAAGGAUUAACAUCAUUACCCAGCGAAACAUCAAUUAAUAAUCAUGCUCAGCAUGCUUAUUUGUUCGUUCGUGAUAAACUAAAAUGGCCAACUGAUAGAAUAAUUAUCUAUGGACAUUCGAUAGGAAGUGGUGCUGCAUGUCAUAUUGCGGCGACACAGCCAGUUGGUGGUCUCAUUCUUCAAUCCCCAUAUACAUCAAUCAACAAUUUAGUUAAUGAGAAAAUUGGUAUGUUAUCGAAUUUAGUGUAUAGCUCAUUCUGGGAUAAUCAUGAAACAAUGAAACAUAUUAAAUGUCCAACGCUUUUGAUUCAUGGACAACUUGAUACCUUAAUUCCAUCACAACAUUCUCAAAUCUUAUUCGAUUCAAUAAAUCAUAGGAACAACAAAAAAACUUGUAUUGUUACCAGACGAUGA